AUGACCACGUCCAAGUUCUCUGAAAUCGGCCGCCACAAUGUGGACCUCGAGUCACAACAGCCAGAAGUUCCGACAACACCAUCACACACCGCGCCCAUCGAACCCGACCAAGCGAACCAAGCCACAACUCCAAAACAAACACCCUCCAUCCUCUCCCUCAACAACGAUAUCCUCCUCCUGCUCUGCUCAACCCUCGCCACCCCCGAAGUCAACCCCAAACAAAUACGACCAAACCACCCACCACCCGAGCCCAGCCCCCUCAAGCUCUUCGCCUCCAGCUGCCACCGCAUCCGUGCCCUCGCCGCCCCGCUCAUCUACCGCAACAUCAAACUCGGCGGCUACGGCUCGACCUGGCCCGGCGUGCACGAGACCCUCCUCCGCAUGAAAGCCUCUGCGGCCACGCUGCGCCAUGCCAAGCGGUUCACGCUAGACUUUCACACGGGGGCUGGCACGGGGUUUUAUGGUGGAGGAGCGGAGCAAGUUCCUCCUCCGUCCGAGGAGCUUUGCGGGGAUUUGUUGGCGGUUUUGGGGGGUAUGGCCAAGCUGGAACGGCUGGAUUUGAGCGGGUUGAGCGUGCCGGAUGCGCAUUUAGAGGUUCUGAAGACCGUCUUCGAGAAGCGAGAGAAUGUACGCUUCGAGAAUGUCAAGACCGCGGCGAUCCCCUGCAGCAUGCCCUGGGUGGUCGCGAAGUGUCCCAACCUAUCAUGCCUAGACGUCCGCGCGCCGAACGGGACGCGCGACUCACCGGUGGAGGCCAUCCAGCAGGUAUUCAAUCAGCUCGAGCAUCUAGAGUGCAAAGCACAAUGGACGCCCCAACUCCUCAUCGAAAUCCACGCCGCGGCGCCUCGUCUUCAUACGCUGGCGAUGCAGAGCAGUCGCCCGCGGUACUCGCGCCCGAUCUUUGACUUCAUCCCGACGCUGGCGGCUUUCGCGGACCUGCGGUGUCUGGCGCUGGAUCAUAUCGGGUAUUUGAAUGUUGGGUACUCGGCGCCGAGGUGUGGGAAUGCGUUUCGGGGGCCGCAUGGGUUGCAGGCUAGGCAGAGAUUGCGGGAGGAUAAGGAGAGGUUGAGUGGGCUGGUGGCGGAGGCGGUGUUUGGGAAGUGUAAGGGGUUGGAGGAGUUGUGGAUUGGGCCGGGGGGUAACGAUUGCAGGGCGAUGUGUGUGAGGGACGAGGUUGGUGCGGUGAAGGAGAUUCGGUGGGGAACGGGGCAGUGGGAGCAGCCGGCGGGUCGUGUUUGA